AUGGCGUCAGAGGUUCGAAACAUGGACGAUACCCAGGAACAACGCCCGAAUGAAUAUGUGCACUUCCCCUCUCUUCCAACCGAGGCUGAACGCGAUGGGAAGCCCGUUCUGAACAGACACUCUGCUUUCUUGACCAGAGGCCAUGACUUCCCAGGAGCCAAGGCAAUGUUAUACGCUGCCGGCAUCCCGGAUGAGGCUACUAUGCAAGAGAGCCCCCAGGUCGGCAUAGCCGCCGUCUGGUGGGAAGGAAAUCCGUGCAACAAUGUGUCCAAUACAGCUGACAUGUUUCAUUUAAAAGUCUUGGACCUAGCGACAGAAAUCAAGGCAUCGGUGCAGAAACAAAACUUCAUCGCCUGGAGGUACAGUACGAUAGGCGUGUCGGAUGGCAUCACGCAGGGCAACGAAGGCAAGGCAGCUCCAUCUAUUGAGACCAUCACCUGUGCUCAAGCCCAUGAUGCCUGUAUUGCCAUCCCUGGCUGCGACAAGAACAUGCCAGGCUGCGUCAUGGGAAUUGCGCGACACAACCGACCAUCGGUGGUAGUGUACGGAGGCACUCAGCGAGGCGGUUACAGCGGCCUCAUGCAGAAGCCGAUCAAUAUCAACACCCCCUAUGAAGCCAGGGGCGCCUAUCUGUUCAACAAGCUGAAGGAAUGGGCGGCAGAGGGAGAGCCCACGCCCGAAGAAAUACUGAGCGACAUUGAACGCAAUGCCGUGCCCGGUCCCGGCGCUUGCGGCGGCAUGUACACGGCCAACAGCUUGGCCACCGUCAUUGAAGCUCUCGGCCUGUCGCUGCCAGGUUCCUCGAGCUAUCCUGCAUCGUCUCCGAGCAAGUACCGGGAAUGUGGCAAGAUUGGCGAGGUUAUCCGCACAUGCCUAGAGAAAAACAUUCGACCGCGAGAUCUGCUCACGAGGAAAGCCUUUGAGAAUGCGCUGGUGAUUACCAUGGCCGUUGGCGGCUCGACAAAUACGGUUCUUCAUACUCUGGCCAUGGCCAAGACGGCCGGUGUCCACUUGACCUUGGACGAUUUUCAGAGGGUCUCCAAUAAAACACCAUUCAUAGCUGAUCUCACGCCAAGUGGUAAGCACACAAUGGAGGACUUGUUCGAGGUCGGAGGCAUCCCGUCUGUAAUGAAACUCCUCAUCGCGGCUGGGCUUAUGGACGGAAGCUGCCUGACCGUGACGGGCGCCACCUUGGCGCAGAACGUGGAAAGCUGGCCUUCUCUACCUCCGGGUCAAAAGAUCAUUCGGUCGCUGGACAAUCCCAUCAAACCUACCGGGCACAUUGAGAUCCUGUACGGGAACUUGGCACCUGGCGGUGCCGUGGCCAAGAUUACUGGAAAGCAAGGACUCUCUUUUACGGGCAAGGCCAAGGUGUACAACAAGGAGAGCGAGCUCAGUGAAGCUCUGGAUAGAGGAAGCGUGAGCCGCGAUGAGAAGCUGGUCCUCGUCGUUCGCUAUGAAGGGCCCAAGGGCGGUCCGGGGAUGCCGGAGCAGCUCAAGGCCUCGGCGGCGCUCAUGGGCGGCGGCUUUACCAACGUUGCUCUCAUCACCGACGGCAGGUACUCUGGCGCCAGUCACGGCCUGAUUGUCGGCCACAUUGUGCCAGAGGCGGCUGUGGGCGGUCCUAUAGCGGUCGUGCGAGACGGGGAUGUUAUUGUCAUUGACGCGGAGAAACACGAAAUCUCCAUGCCCUUUGUGGGAGAUGAAGAGAUCCAAGAACGGCUAAAGUCGUGGAAACCGCCGAAGCCAUAUGUCACUCGGGGAACACUGGGCAAAUACGCGCGGUUGGUGGGAAAUGCCUCUGAAGGCGCACUGACGGACCUGUUCUAG